AUGAUCCUGGUUGCAUACGCUGCCCUAGCUCUGCUUCUGCAAACAGGCGUGAGAGGAGCACCAUUUACGGCCUCCCCUGCACAUAAGCGUUUUGUGCACUUGACGGAUAUCCAUUAUGAUCCGCUCUACGUCUCCGGGGCCGAUACCCGAACGCAGUGUCAUAGGAGGACGGAGGACUCGCAAGGAACUGACAAAGCCGCGCACUAUGGGACGAGAGGCUCAAAUUGCGAUUCGCCUUUCCCACUCGUGAGCGAAGUCUUUGCUGCCAUCCGGAAUGAUAUUCAAAAAGAUUCCCCUGUGGAUGUCGUAUUCUUAACGGGGGACAGCUCUCGCCACGACAGAGACAGCUUGGUGGAGAAGGAGGCGUCCGAGGUUUACAGUCAGAAUGCCGAGGUCGUGUAUCACAUAGACAAAACAUUCGAUUUGACGAAGACAACAGUCAUUCCGUCCAUUGGAAAUUGGGAUGUCUCCCCGCACAAUAUGUUGCCAGAACCCAAGUAUGCCUCAGAUGCAUUCGCGAACCUUUACAGCGUUUGGAGACCGCUACUCGAGAGCGGGCUGUCGGAAUCAGAGGUCAACAGCACGAAGCAGACGUUCUUAUCCGGCGGAUACUUCGAUCGAGUCAUCGGGCAGGUCAACGGAGAAAUUACGGUGCGCGCAAUUAGUUUGAACACUUUAUACUUUUUCGCGGAGAACACAGCAGUAGAUGAUUGUGAAAUCACUGAGAACACUGGAGCUGUCGUUCAACUGUCAUGGUUGGAAGAGAAACUUACUCAUGCCCGACAGCAAAACGAAAAGGUGGUCAUCAUUGGUCACGUUCCACCAAUAGACCAUAACGACAACCCGCUAUACAAGCCCAAUUGUUUGAGACUGUUCCUCCAGACUAUUGGAGACCACGCGGAGGUGGUUCUAUCGCAAUUUUACGGCCACAUCAAUAAAGACGUUAUCUACCUACUUACGCGCCAAGGGGACGAGAGCAUCGACCCAAGAAAACCUAGCACGUACGCGUUGAAUGCAGUAACGCCGAAGACAGUCAUUGAUCUGCAAAAGCAGAACCGCACUAUCUUGAGCGUCAGCCAGACCUCCUCUUCGAUCUUGCCCGUCCAUAACACAGGCGUCAAAGCCGGCGUGAUUUCCAUCCGGCCGCAUGACACCCAUAUCAUGCGCGAAUCGCAGUGGUUCAUCGACAUAGUCCGCGCAAACGACAAAUUCGCGUCUUCACCUGGCCAACCGUCGGUAUCCCCAAUCACCUUCAAAGAGGCGUGUAAGACGGAUGACGACUAUAAGAUGCAAGAUCUCAAGCCGCGAUCCUACCAAGAGUGGCUGAAGCGUUUGCACGAUGAGGCAAAAUUGGAUCUCACAUUGGACGAUGUCGAACUGAAAGCGGGCAAAGGGAAGAAACCGAGAUCUCAGAUUCUCAAGAAAUACGGAUACUGUAUGGACGCGUUGGAGAAGCAGCCCCAUCCGCCACCGGACAACCAUUUGUCGUUGUCACCUGCGGUCGUGCGAGCGGUGUUGAUCUCCGCAACGGUUGUAUUUGUGGGACUGAUGGUGGCCUUUUACUUCUUUGUUCAGUAUCUGGAAAAAGACGGGGAUGUGCUGGAACGCCAGCGCUUGUUUUUCCGGCCUGUCGAGUCGAAUCGGGGUCGGGAUAAUUUCACGCCAGGACCGAGCUCGAGACCGCGUGUCAACUUCCGCACAUUCUUGUCUCCUACUAGCGGGUAG